AAUUUAGGUUCCGAAGCACAAUGUAUAUAUGUAUAAUCCUAAGCAUAAUGCAUCAUCCUGAACCGCAUCAUGAAUGUGUCACACUUCUUUGAAUUAGAAUGACACAAAAAAGCGGGCUGGGGGGGAUCAAUACUUUCCGAUUGGCUGUUCUAAAUAAAGUAAUCAAUAACCUGCGUGGAGAGGGAGGGUAUGGGAGCUUGACUGAUGUAAAAGAACAAAACCAAUGAACAGUUUUAAUCUCCCGCCUGGGUCCCGGGUAGGCCUGUUCUCUCGUUCAUCCGUCUCAGUUUAAUGGAAAGCCUGACGAUGAGCCCAGUGGAGAUACCGCUUGGCUUGAAGGAGCUGCUGCAUGGAUACACUGCCGAGGUGCUGCGUCUCAAGCCAGCCGACCUGGUGGAGUUUGCUGUGGACCAUUUCACUCGCAUUCAGGAGGGCCAAAGGAAGGAGCCCAAUGCUAAGGAGGGCUCUGUUAGAACGUCCCGAAGCAGGGUGAGUUUUAGGACUCAUUCGGAUGAAGGCGUGAAGGAUGAGAAGGAUAGCGUUGUCGGUGAGCAUCAUUUGAAGCAUACCAUCAAAUACAAACGCAGAGCAUCAGUGUGUGCGGAGGCUUAUGACCCAGAUGAAGAGGAUGAUGACUCAGACCCUAGAGUGGUGCACCCCAAGAGCGAUGUGCAGCGCCGUAGACUGCAGGACGCAUGCAGUGACAUCCUGCUGUUUAAGACCUUGGACCAGGAGCAGUUGUCCGAGGUGCUUGAUGCCAUGUUUGAGGUGCUGGUGAAAGCCCAGGAGCACAUCAUUGACCAAGGAGAAGACGGAGACAACUUUUAUGUCAUAGAGAGGGGUGUGUUUGAUAUCUACGUGCAGAAGGAUGGAGGGAGUGUGUGUGUUGGGAAGUAUGACGGUAAGGGUAGUUUCGGUGAGCUGGCCCUCAUGUACAACACCCCUCGCGCGGCCACGAUCAUCGCGUCCCAGGACGGAGCCUUAUGGGGGCUGGAUCGUGCAACGUUUCACAGGCUCAUCGUGAAAAACAACGCAAAGAAGAGGCGCCUGUACGAGGCCUUCAUAGAGUGUGUUCCGCUGCUUACAUCGCUUGAGAUUUCUGAAAGAAUGAAGAUUGUGGAUAUACUGGGAGCAAGAGUGUUUCAUGAUGAAGAACGCAUCAUAACACAGGGGGAGGACGCCGACUGUUUCUAUAUCGUGGAGUCGGGCGAAGUGAAGAUCAUGAUCAAAAGCAGAACCACGGCUGGCCAGCUGGAUCAUGCGGGGGUGGAGCUUGCACGUUGCGUUCGAGGCCAGUACUUUGGGGAGUUGGCGCUGGUCACCAAUCAACCGCGCGCUGCGUCCGUCUAUGCCGUUGGAGUGACCAAAUGUUUGGUAAUAGAUAUCCAGGCUUUUGAGCGCUUGCUGGGCCCUUGUAAGGAAAUCAUGAAGAGGAACAUCAGCCAGUAUGAGGACCAACUGGUGGCACUGUUCGGCUCCAGUGUUGACCUGAAGCAGGAGCAAACCCCAAGUGUAAAAUGAGCCUGUGGUCAUUUAUAUAUUAUCCUGUACAUUUUUCAAUGUAUAAACGAGAAAAGGAAACUUACUGUACCAUCUUCCCCAUCUUCAUGUGUUUUCACAUGACUAUCCCAGAGUUGUGUAUUGUCUCCUUCCAUAGUUGUGCAUGCACUUGUACUAGUAUGGGAUUCAGUCCAAUGCAGCACCAAUUAGCCAUAAAAAAAAUAAUGAUGCAAAUCUUUAAUACACACCUUCUAAAAGUGUCAAAUUUUAAUCUCGAAUUUUGUUAAAUUUCACUUUAUGUACAUUUUAUACAACAAGAUCCAGCACAAAACAUUCAUGAAAUAAAA